CGCUGAGCCACACCCAGCCGGGCCUGGUGAUAAUUUUUAAAAAUUGUUUUCUUUGCAAAUAUAUACAUAUAGGUAAAUAUAUGGUCUGAACAGAAUUAUACUUUUUUUAAUUACGGAAAACUUCCAACUUAACCAAAGUAGAGAGAAGGUAUGACUUCUUGUCUCCCGACAUUGCCAGUUGCCUCAUGUCCACUGUUAUCUCACCCUCAUUACUUUAGAGCAAAUCCCAAAUAUCAUAUCUUUUUUUUCUGUAGUUUUUCUAUGUGCAUGAAAAAACACUACAUUUUCAUAUGUAAAAAUUUACAUUUGGACACAGUCUGUUUUUUGACAGAUUCAUAAAUAGUCUUUCCAGUUGGUGUCUUGAAUUAUAAAGAUCUUUUUAUUAACUUGUUUUGCUUUAUUGUACAAGACAUUUAAAUAAUACACUGUUACUACUAACAGUAUAAUUACAGUGUGAACACAGUUUCUAGAUUUCUUUUUGAUUAUUUUUGUCUUUAGAAUCCCAUUUUUAUUGUUGCAUUUUUCAUUUCAUGAUAUAGUAAAUGAUAUCGUAAAAUAAGUAAAUACCUUCAUUUUAAAUGGCUGCAUGAUAUGUUUACCCAUUUCCUUCUUGGAACACAUAGGAUGUUAAUAACAUUUUGGUAUAAACAGAGCUGAGUUGACUGUAUGUGUUUUUGCUCAUUACAUUUUUUUUUUUACAUUUAAGAGAGCAUACAAACAAGGAUGUGUGUAAGUUUAAAGCUCUAUUACUUUUUUACAGUAGAAUCAACCCCAGCUUGAGAAACGGCAUUCCUGGCCCCCCAGGGCCUCCCCCAUGGCCCCUUCCCCACACUCCCUAAGGGUGACCACUGUCCUCAUGGCAAGCAUCACACUCACUUUCCUUGCUUGAGCUCUGUAAAUAGCAUUAUUUAGUGUAUGCUUCUCAAGCUUGCGUUUGAGACCCGUCUGUUUGCUCUCGGUGCCUGUGCCCAGUGAGUAGUAGGUCCUUUGGAACCCACUGUGUAUAUAGCCUGCUGUAGACGGACGUUUGUGUUGGGACAGUUUUUAGCUAUUACAAAUAGUUCACACACUUGAAAGAUAUCUUCUAAAGAUAAAUUCCCAGGAGUUGGAUGUAUGUCUGAGGGAAUGGAGGCUUUUGCUGUGUGUUGCCACAUCGCCCAGCAUAAAGGCUAUGCCAGCUCACACUCCCACGGGGGUUAGGUGAGGCCUGCCCCUCCAUAUUCUUAUUGGUCCCAUCUUACUAGUCCAUGAUUUGAAACGUGUUGUUGCGUUAUUAGGGCUACACCAGUGUCUGAUACAUGUCAGGUGCCUGAAAGGGCGUUUUAAAUCUCAUGGAGAAAAAAACACCAGGAAUGUUUGAGUGGCUCUCACUGCAGUGGCCUAUGAAGCAGUUGUGCCCUAAAAAUUGCUGGAUUAGUUGGGGAGAUGACAUGUAUGACAAAUGACUCGCAGCACAAGUGCUACAUUACUAGUUCCAGUGAUGCUGUAAGACUUUAGAUGAAGGAGAAACCAAAGUUUUCUUUGUAGUAGUAUACUUGGGACGGGUCAGCUCUCUGUUACUCUCACCUCUCACUGAUUUGAGAUUACUUUCUUAGCUGAGGCCUGGCUGGACUAGAGACUAUUUGGAUUACAGAGGCCAAAGCCAGUGCGUAGGCCACUGUUUCAGUGGCUGAUCCCCUUUAUGUGUAAGACAAGUUUAGUGUUCUCUCUACCUCUCCUGCUUCUGGUUUGAAAAUGCAGCAAUAUACUGCCUCCAAAAUGCUAUCUUUGAUGUAAAAGUACACAUCAGUGUCAUUUUUGUAAAUUUUGUAUGUUACAGAUUCAGUAGUUCUUUGUCCAACUGAAGGUGGGUGCUUGAAAAAAGGUAGUGACAGUGUGCUGUGGUUAAAAGCACCGUUCUAGGCUCUGUGAAGCCUUGGGCAGAUCACCACCCCUCCCUGGGCCUCAAUUUCUCUGUAGGAUGAGGAAAUGGGGGCCAGAAAAUGGCAGGGCUUCUGCGCAAUUGGGGAUUUAGGGCCUCUCUCGCUUCAAAUGGGAGCUCCUCGUCUGAUCAUUGCUUAUGUUGCUGAGCAACUUGGGUCAGAAAAAUUUAAAGUCAGCUGUGUGCUGUGCCAAACACCGUAAGCGCGUGAAUUGUCUAAAUGUAGGAACACAGUGGUAUAGUCGUUAAGCGGCAUAUAGGGCUGCUGCCUGCCCGGAGUGGCCCUAGUUCACCAAUGUUGUCGCAAUGCUUUAGAAAGUCAUAGAACCCCCCUACCCCCACCCCCUUCAGGGGAACUUUAAAAUAAUUAUCUUUUAAGAAUACCAGAUGAGUUUCUUUUGCAGAAGUGAAAGCAUCUUGCUUUUCUUCCAUUUGAGAGGUUGGUGUCCCUUAGGAACAGGGAUGCAUGUUUCUGUGCAUAUUUAACACAAGGGCUUAAUCCAAAAUACGUUAUUUGAAUAUGUCAGCAUUUUAAUGAGAUGCAAGCUGAUGUUGGAUGUGUGCAGAUUGAAUUUGUCCGGCGUUCAUUCGUAGCUUUUCUUUAAUGAAGGGGUUGGCUUUUCACUCGCCUGAACGGAGCACCAUGCACAGUAGCCUUGUGGCGUCUCGCCUGCGUAGACGCACCCUGAACACGGAGUGCAGCAUAGGAGACAAACACAGGGCAGAGGUGCUGCAGCUGAGCAGCUGUCUAAGUUCAUUUUUAAAGGCUGCCCCAUGGGAAGAGCACUAGAUUUUGCCCAGCUGACAGUUUUAAGUGACGGGCGGCCUUGGGAAAAAGUGACACGUGGUGACAGCAGAAGCCAGUUAUUUCAGCAGCCUGUCUGAGUGACAGUGCUCCCUGGGUGCCACCCGCCCACUGCAGACCUCCCGGAGCUUUCUGUGAACAGCAGGCAGCCCCUCAGAGGGUCGCUCUGAAGGAUUCACCAAAUGUUUCUGCGAAUUUUGUACCCGUGCACCUCUUCCCAUUGUGGGAUGGCAGGAGGGUGCCCUGCACAUAUCUCAUCUCAUCUCAUCUCAUCUCAUCUCAUCUCAUCUCAUCUCAAUCUGCCUGGGUUUUGAGGUGGCCUGGCUUUGUCUUUCUCUCGCCCUCAUGGAGCCCCUGCCCCUCUCCUUAAGGCCUGGAGUGUGAGUGGUGGGUGCUCCUUCCAGGCCUGGAGCACUUCAGAGCAUGCUAGCAAGGGGCAUGGAUGCUGGCUCUCAGUGAGGGGCUGGUGUGUCUGUGAGACGGAAUGGGGCGAGGGAAGCCGCUCUCCUGUUUGGGAAAAUUAUGUUGGAAGGAAAACGUGCCCUACACUGGGCAUGUUUCUGCUGUUGUCUGCAGGAAAUUUAGGGCAGAAAGAAAUAUUCCUGUUUCUCCUUAUUUCUGUUUCUUUGUAGGUAUUAAUGACUGAUGAGAAAUUUCAAAGCCUCUGUGAUAAGCAGCAAACCCUUAUGAUUUCAGAAGGAGACAUACAAGUUCAAAAGAGGGGAACUCAUUUUUCUCAAGUGUCAGGCAUCAUGCCUGGGACUUUCAUAUUUUACUCCAUUGUAAUAAAAGCAGCCCUGUGAGGUAAAUGCAUUGUGAAGGCUGCUGACUUGAGUAAACCAAUAGAUAAAAGGAUAUACAAAGGAACACAGCCUACUUGUCAUGACUUCAACCACCUAACAGCCACAGCAGAAAGUGUCUCUCUCCUAGUGGGCUUUUCCGCAGGCCAAGUCCAGCUUAUAGACCCAAUCAAAAAAGAAACUAGCAAACUAUUUAAUGAGGAAAGACUAAUAGACAAGUCACGAGUAACCUGUGUCAAAUGGGUUCCCGGUUCGGAAAGCCUUUUCCUAGUAGCCCAUUCGAGUGGGAACAUGUACCUGUAUAAUGUGGAGCACACUUGUGGCACCACAGCCCCCCACUACCAGCUCCUGAAGCAGGGCGAGAGCUUCGCCGUGCACACUUGCAAGAGCAAAUCCACGAGGAACCCUCUCCUUAAGUGGACGGUGGGCGAGGGGGCCCUCAACGAGUUUGCUUUCUCCCCAGAUGGCAAGUUCUUGGCGUGCGUGAGCCAGGACGGGUUUCUGCGGGUGUUCAGCUUUGACUCUGUGGAGCUGCACGGCACCAUGAAAAGCUACUUUGGAGGCUUGCUGUGCGUGUGCUGGAGCCCCGACGGCAAGUACAUUGUGACGGGGGGCGAGGACGACCUGGUGACCGUCUGGUCUUUUGUAGAUGGCCGAGUGAUAGCGCGCGGCCACGGGCACAAGUCCUGGGUCAGUGUGGUGGCGUUCGAUCCCUACACCACGAGUGUGGAGGAGAGCGACCCCAUGGAGUUCAGUGGCAGUGACGAGGACUUCCAGGACCUGCUCCAUUUUGGCAGAGACCGAGCAAACAGCACCCAGUCCAGGCUGUCCAAACGGAACUCCACGGAGAGCCGCCCCGUCAGCGUCACGUACCGGUUUGGCUCUGUGGGCCAGGACACGCAGCUCUGCCUGUGGGACCUCACGGAGGACAUUCUCUUCCCUCACCAGCCCCUCUCGCGGGCGCGGACACACACCAAUGUCAUGAAUGCCACGAGCCCUCCCACGGGGAACACCGGGAACAGCGUCACGACGCCCGGCAGCUCUGCGCCGCCCCCUUUGCCGCGGUCCAACAGCCUCCCGCAUUCCACCGUCUCCAGUGCCGGCAGCAAGAGCAGCGUCGCCGAUGGCGCCGUUGCCUCUGGGGUCAGCAAGUUCGCCACACUCUCCCUGCACGACCGGAAGGACCGGCACCACGAGAAAGAUCACAAGCGGAACCACAGCAUGGGGCACAUUUCCAGCAAGAGCAGCGACAAACUGAACCUAGUCACCAGAACCAAAACGGACCCAGCCAAAACUCUGGGCACAGCCCUCUGUCCGCGCAUGGAAGACGUGCCCUUGCUAGAGCCGCUCAUCUGUAAAAAGAUAGCGCACGAAAGGCUGACUGUGUUGAUAUUCCUUGAAGACUGUGUGGUCACGGCUUGUCAGGAGGGGUUUGUUUGCACAUGGGGGAGGCCUGGGAAAGUGGUAAGUUUGAAUCCUUAACGCUGCACCGGACCGAGAACUUGCGUAGGUAGUGAUUUUCCUCGCGGGAGGGGUGGGUGUACAAUGAAUGAAUGACACUUCUUAAUGUAAAUCUAAAUGCAUCAGAGCCAUACUUUUGGAUACUGCAUGCCAUGUAAUUCUGAAUCAUUUGAUAAUUCACCUUAGAACGUUAAAAAAUAUAAUCAAACUAAUUGCCAGCCAAGUCAGUCACCCUCCUGGGAGUAUAUAGAGUCCCGAGGUUAGCGUUCCUGUCUUAGACUAUUUCGAUUUUAGGAGAAUCAUGACAGUGUGGAACAAUGACUUAAAAGCUAAAAUUAAAAUUUCUGCUUCAACUGGAAUAUUUUUGCUUAACUACUCAGUUAGACUGUUGUACACCUGAUCAGAGCGCAUCAGUACGGCGGCCACUGAUUGUCCUUUAUAGUCCAGUUUUUUAUCUUAAUCAUAAUGUUUAGGAGUCUAUGGAAUCUACCAUUAGGAACAGCGUUGAGCAGGGUCGAUUGAUGUUAUUUUUACAUUGUCUGGCAAUCCACAGAAAGAGAAGAGCCUUAAUUUUUAAAACCCAUUUUAGUCAUUUUAUGACAAUUAAAAUUGUUUAAUAAACAUCUUUUUUCAAAGAAGCAGUUUGUACCACUUUGAUUGAGAUUCUGUGCACUAAACAAUCCACGCGUUCCUCGGCCGGCGGUUCCCGUGAGCUGGGCCGAGGCCGCCCACAGGUCUCAGAAGUGCCUCCUGCCACGAGCCAGGCCCUUUCCGUCCAGGGCGCGCUGCUUAUGUUUUUUUCCCAAGGAAAAGGAGGUUUUAUUUCCUUCUGUUUUGGGCGGGUUUUGUUUUGUUUUUGUGUCUUGGGGAUUUUUUUGGUCACAAAGGCACACGACUAGGCCCUGGGCAGCCACCUCCUGUUUGAUUUGGACAGACUGACAGACUGACACCCCCUGGGGUCCGGGUUUGGUUUUCACAUCAGGGGAAGCCCAGGUGCAGGGCACCCCCUUUUCUUACUGUUGGAUGGCGGUCCUUUCAGGGUCAUUCUUGGGACGCUGAUGCUGGCUGGCCUGACCCUCGGGCUCUGUCCUCAGGCCUCCACCCCAGCACCUCACCCUGGCCUGGUGCCCUCUGGGUGGCCCUGCCGUUCCUGCGGGAAACCCCAGUGUUGGAUUCCGGGUCAGCUGUGGAGGAGUUUCCAUCCCUGUGUUCACAUGGAUGAAGUGGCUCUCUGAGCUCUGUGUUUUAUGUCAAAAUGAUGAUUAUCUUGUUUGUUAACUUAUUUUGGUCAUUUAGGUUUGUUCUGUUUUGCACACUUUUGUAAUUAAAUAUAGCGAUUCUGAUAACAUA